CCUCCUCCCUCUUUCCUCUCCUCUAUCCUGUUCUGUCUCAGUCAAACCUGCUCCGUGAGCACUUGGAUGGAUUUCUUUCCCUCUGGUGUCGCCGGAGGAGACUGGAAACCAGGUGUUUCAACAGGGACAGCAUAAGACCAGGUCUUUUCUUCUUUUUGUGUGUGUGUGGUGGAUCUCCACCCUGCAGUUGGGACAGGCUCUUCAGGAAGAUCCUGGAAGGCUGUGGCGACGGCUCGCGUCUCCUGAACGGCGAAGGCAUGGGCAGGCCGGCGGCGUCGGCCAGGCCACCUCUGGCGUCAGCGAUGACGUUCUCUCUCCUUGUCCUCUUGUUGCUCAUCGGCACGGUCUCCAGCCUACCCCAGCCUGUGCCAAGAGUUUUCCUCUCCUUUGCAGACCUGAAGGCCUCGCAGUCAUUCGAACACUUCAGCAUAUCCGACAAGCCCAUGGACUAUAGGAUCCUGCACAUGGAUGAGGACCAGGACAGGAUGUAUGUGGGGUGCAAGGACCAUGUUCUCUCUGUGGACCUUAACAACAUCACCCACGGCACGCUUAAGUUAUUUUGGCCUGCAUCUACAAGCAAGAUAGAAGAGUGCCAAAUGGCUGGAAAGGACCCCACACACGGCUGUGGGAACUUUGUGCGUGUGGUGCAGCCCUUCAACAGAACCCAUCUGUUUAUGUGUGGCAGUGGAGCCUACAGCCCCGUCUGUGUGUACAUCAACAGAGGCCGAAGACCCGAGGAGCAGGUGUUUAACAUUGACUCCAGAACAGAACCAGGGAAGGGGAGGUGCUCCUUCAAUCCUCAAGUGAACACAGUGUCUGUCAUGAUCAAUCAGGAGCUGUUCUCAGGCAUGUACAUCGACUUUAUGGGGACAGAUGCUGCCAUCUUCAGGAGCCUGACCAGGAGGAACGCAGUGCGAACAGAUCAGCACAACUCCAAGUGGCUCAGUGAGCCGAUUUUCAUCGACGCCCAGUUCAUCCCGGACGGAACCGACCCAAACGAUGCCAAGUUGUACUUUUUCUUCCGCGAGAGGCUGACGGAUAACGACGGAAACACCAAGAACAUCCACACCAUGGUUGCGAGAGUGUGUCCGAAUGACACCGGAGGGCAGCGCAGCCUCGUCAACAAGUGGACCACCUUCCUGAAGGCCAGAAUGGUGUGUUCGGUCCUGGAGGAGGACGGCACGGAGACGCACUUUGAUGAACUUGAGAGCGUGUUUUUGCUGGAAACGGAUCAGCCCAAAGGCCUGCUGGUGUUUGGAGUCUUCACGUCCACAAGCUCCGUGUUCAAAGGGUCAGCCGUGUGCGUGUACAACAUGGCGGACAUCCUCACCGUCUUCAACGGGCCCUUUGCUCACAGAGAGGGGCCCAACUUUCAGUGGGUGGCCUUCCAGGGGCGCAUCCCCUACCCGAGGCCGGGGACAUGUCCCGGAGGAGCCUUCACACCAGACAUACACACAACAAAGGAAUUCCCAGACGAGGUAGUGAACUUUGUACGCAAUCAUCCGGUCAUGUUCAACGCCAUCUACCCAGUGGGAAGGAGACCUCUGGUGGUACGCACCGGCGCCGACUACAAAUACACCUCGGUGGCUGUGGACCAGGUCAUUGCUGCAGACGGCAACUACCAGGUGCUCUUCCUGGGCACAGACAAAGGCACCGUGCAGAAGGUGAUCGUGCUGCCAAGCAACCAGUCCCUGCAUGAAGAUCUGAUCCUGGAGGAGCUGGAAGUGUUUAAGAAUCGAGCUCCUGUUACAAAUCUGAGGAUCUCCCCCAAAAAACAACAGCUGUACGUCAGCUCUGAGUUGGGGGUCUCGCAGGUCUCCCUGCACCGCUGCCACGCCUACGGCUCGGCUUGUGCCGACUGCUGCCUGGCCAGGGACCCCUACUGCGCCUGGGACGGACUGAGCUGCUCCCGCUUCUAUCCCACGGGGAAAAGGAGAAGCAGGAGGCAGGAUGUAAUGCACGGAAAUCCACUCACUCAGUGCAGAGGAUUCAAUUUAAAAGCCUACAGGAACGCCGCGGAGAUAAUGCAGUAUGGCGUGAAAAACAACACCACCUUCCUGGAGUGCGUUCCAAAGUCUCCUCAGGCGUCCAUUCGCUGGCUCAUUCAGAGGGACGACGACAGGAGGAAGGAGGUGAAGCUGAACGACCGCGUCCUCUCCACCGAGCACGGCCUCCUGAUCCGCUCCGUCCAGCAGUCCGACCAGGGCCUCUACUACUGCCUGACGACUGAGAACGGCUUCAAGCGCACCGUCGCCAAAAUCCGCCUGAACGUGCUGAGCGAGGCCACGGUGAGCGCGCUGACGGACAAGCAGCAGGGCCCCUGGGCUUGGGCCAGCUCCGUAAACCCCAAGGUCCUGCUGGCAGGCUUCAGCCCUGCAGAGAAUCUGGCUGUACAGCAGUACUGCAAGGAGAGAAAAGACUUCCAGAAGCUUCAGCAGAGGCAGCAGCAGUCGCCGCCGCCGCCCGGACCCCUCAGGGGGGACCUGGCCAAGCUGAGGCCCCUCCUGGACCGGAGGAAGAGCCGCAACAGACGCAAUCACCUCCCUGAGGUCUGACGCGAGACGCGCGCAGCAGCAAAAAACUGCCUUCCUCUCCUCCUGUGCCCCACAAAGCAGCUCCAGACCUUCGUCCUCCUGCUCUCCUUUCAGCUGCUGAGCUGCAGUGUGGACGUACAAUGAAACCAGAAGGUUGGUUUGGGGAGAUUUAAUCCGACAAAAUCCCGUCUUUCUCACACGAGGUGGUGCGACCAGAUGGCCGUGAUUUUUUCAGCCACGAGUUCUUCGUCUGCUUCGAUAGUCACAACGCGAUCUGAAGCGGGGCGCGUU